AUGGAACAUGAUCUUUGUGAAGACAGACUGGACGUCUGGCUCGAACACUGGGUCGUUGAAAAAGCUAAAUAUGUGGUGGACGGACAUGAGGAGAAGAAGGAAGAGGAGGCACCAGCUGUUGAGGAGGAGAAGCCAAAAACCCGUGCUCCACCACAACAGGAAGAGAGACCUCCAGCGGAGUUGACAGAAGCCGAAGCUGCUAUGCUGGCAGCAAAGAAGCGUCAUGAAGAAGAGGAAGCGCUCAAGAUGCUCGAUUACGAGCAGCGUCGUAUCGCUGAGAAGGAAAAGAUGGAGCAGGAGCUUCGAGAACUUAAAGAGAAGCAGGAAAGACGUCGUGCGGAGCGUGAGGAAGACGAGCGCCAAUUCGCUGAACGUCGUCGCAUGGAUGAGGAGCGCAGACGUAAGGAGGAGGAAGAGCGCAAGGCUAAGAGUGAUGCUGAGAAGAAUCGUAAGAAUGACGAGAGACUGCGUCGUCAACAAAUGAUGGCCGGCUCAUUCGCUGGUCACCAAGUGCUACCAGGAAGCGGCAAGAAUUUCACCGUUGAGAAAACUGACAAGGCAGCUCAGUUUGGUAACCUGGCUCAGGUCAAGAAGAAGGACGGUCUCAGCAAGGAGCAGGUCGAGGAAGCGAAACGCGCUUACAUCGCCUCUGUUUGCCGUGUGCAGGAUAUCUCCGCUCUGCUACCUAACGACUUGAAAGCCCGAAUUAAGGCUCUUCAUGAGAGAAUUGCCAAGCUCGAAAGCGAUAAGUAUGAUUUGGAGAAACGCCAAGAACGCCAAGAGUACGACAUGAAAGAAUUGCACGAGCGUCAGCGACAGGCGGCUCGCAACAAGGCUCUCCAGAAGGGUCUCGAUCCAGAGGAGGCAGCUUCGUCCCAACACCCACCAAAGGUCACCACCGCGUCGAAGUUCGACCGUCAGACUGAUAGACGAGGUAGAGAUUGUAGAUCCUACGUCGAUCGCCGCAUCAUGUUCGAGAAACCGGUUGUGCCUAAGCCACCAGCCAUUGCUCAUGGAACGGCUCGCCCACCAAGUGACUGGGGACGCAAGGAUAACGAGGAGCUCGAACAGCUUCGCAAAAACCUUGAACCACCAAAGUACGUGGAACAGGUGAAGGCCGAAGGAGAUGCAGCUCGACCUCCAGUGGCUCCGAUUCCGUUGCAGUUGCCCAGCAAGGAAUUCGAAGAUGAAGAGCCAGAACCGGCAGCCGAGUCAGCCAAGCCAGCCCCAGCUGGAAAAGAAGUUGAAGUUGCCUAA